AUGAACACUUAUUCCGUCGUUUUUGCUGCAUUCGUUGUGCUUGUUGAAAGUUCCAGUCCCAAAUCUGGUGGUACUUCAUGCUCUCUGAUGACAAGUUGUGCUGUUGAAAAGUGCUUGGAUAGAGACAUGGUACAGAAGAUUGUGGCCGAGUCUCCACGCGAUCAAGUAUUCGGAAACCUCGUUGAAAAAUUCGAUAUGGUUUGUAUCGCAGCCAAGUGUGGAAAUGAAUGUUCUCAGUGCAAACAUUGUCAUUAUGCUCUUGAACAAAUGAGUGCUCUUGCUCAGGGAGAGAAAACCUCUGGAUUGUGUCCUAAACUUGAGGCAUGUGUAUUCAAUUGUCUCACUGAAGAUGUCUCGAAAGUUCUUUCUUGUGUUGCCACGAGAUGUAAUGUUCACUGUUAUGAUGGAGAUUGUCCAUCUUGCAAAAUGAUUUCAAGACGCAUUUUUUCAAAUAUUUGCAAGCAACACUCCAUGACAACUCAGCCACAAAUUAAGUAUGCGGGAACUUGUCCAAACUUGUUCAUGGAACUUUCUGAUGACUAUGUUGCCAAGAAGAAGAUGUAA